GUUAGUUAACGGUUAUUUUUGGUUUUGAAUUUGUUUAGUUUUAGUAGUUUAGUUCAUAAUGACAACCAAAGGAACACAAAUUUCUUUUAAUCAAACAGAAAAUAAGAGGCUAAAAUUGCCUGGAAAAGAUACAUCUACCCAACCGACAAGGCCAAUUAGAAAUGUACUAUCUGAAAUUGGGAAUAUUAAUAUAAAUUCGGAUGCUGAUGGUGCAAAAGUAAAAUCAUCAAAGAAUGGAAUAUCCAUUCAGAAAAGUUGUAUUCCACAAUCGAAGGCUAAUCCUCCCAUUGUAAAACAGGGACUAGUUUCCAAAUUACUUGGACCAUCAACAAGUUGCAUCUCACAGUUAAAGGCAAAUCCACCUAUUGUGAAACAAGGGCUAGUUACUAAAUCUCAUGGAGCCUCAAUGAGUUGUCUCACUCAAUUAAAAACAAACCCAGCCUUUGUGAAGCAGGAACUAGUCACAAAAUCUCAUGGUCCAUCUUCAAGUACCCUUGGAACCAAAUGCACAGAUCAGUUGCUUGUAGCUGUUGGUCACAAAUUUCAGAGUUCGGGUAAAAGGGAGGAAGAAAAAGUAUCCAUUAAACAAUGUAAACAAAUUAAAAACGUUGAUAAAAACGACCAGAAAGACAUCUUCUUGCUUGGUAGAUAUGUUAGUCACAUCUACAAAUAUCUGUUAGAUCUUGAAGUGAAACUUCCCAUAGAGCAAGACUUUUUGAAAGGAACAUUAAUUACCAGUAAUAUGAGAGCUACUCUAAUAGAUUGGCUACAUGAUGUUCAGAUACAUUGCCAGUUUUUAUUGGAGACUUUUCAUUUGGCUGUGUCCAUUUUAGACCGAUACCUUCAGGUGUCCGGUGUUAUUCAGAGGAGAAACUUUCAAUUAGUAGGAAUCACUUCAAUGUUACUAGCAUGUAAAUUUGAAGAAAUUCAUUAUCCAGAAAUUAGUGAUAUCAUAUACCUUACAGAUAAUACUUAUACCAAAGUGCAAGUAGUAGACUUAGAAAAAGUUAUAGUUCAAAAAUUAGAUUUCCGUCUAGGACGCCCAAUUUCAUUAACAUUUUUGAGAAGAUUCGGCAAAGUAGUGGAGGCUGACCAAUAUCUUUACACUACUGCUAAAUACUUUAUUGAACUUGCUUUGCUCGAAACUUAUUUAGCUUCUUCUCGACCUUCACAAAUAGCAGCUGCUGCUAUCUUCAUUGCUUUGUGUGCUAAACACAAUCACAUCACAGAAGAUCACUGGUCACCAACACUGGAAUAUUAUUCUUCUUAUAACUUGCGAGAUUUUAUAGAUGUAAUUACAAAAUUAGCCACAGCAAUACUCGAAGCUCCAAAUUCCAAAUUCCAGAGUAUCCGAAACAAGUAUUCAAGAUCUGAAAAUUUCAAGGUCAGCCAUGCAGAAAGUUUACUCCCAGAUUCACUUGUUUUACGGAAACUAUGCAAAUUAAAAGUAGUUUAACUUUGAUUACUAUUAGUUUAACUUUGAGUAGUCAAAUGUAAAUUUUUGAUCGAAUUCCUUAAUAUGACACUUUUGUUUUUAUUCAUAAAUUUAAACAAAUUUCUUGAUAUGACUUAUUAUGUUUUGUAUUUUUUAAAUAUUUUAAUUUAACAUAUAUUUGUAAAUUGGAUCUAACUAUAUUUGUAAAAUUAUGUAUACUCUUGUAAUAAAUGAUAUUGAAAGAA